CUGUUACAAAAAUAUAAAAUCAGCUUUUCUCACUCCUGUUACCCUUAAUUGUUUUCUGGUUUUCAGUAGCGCAUGUUUGCUGCACAUUAUACAGCAUCUUUUUUUGCAACCAGAAUUAUGCCUUCCAUGAUUCCACAUCAGAAGUCUGAAGGAUCAACACUCCAUUACAUCCAGCAGCACAAAAGGAAGAAGAGAACAACCUAUUCAGAAUACAUGCACAAAGUCCUAAAACAGGUUCCUCAAGACACAAAUAAAUAUUGCUGGGCAUUAGAUACACUUCGCUCUCUGAACAAACCUCACCUAUAUGGGAUGGUGGCUCUGGAAGCUUCCAGGAUGUCACACUACAAGAAGAAGCCCAUCAUUACCAGUAUGGAAGUUCAUGCAGCAGUGAGAGUGGUGCUUCUUCAGGAGGCAAUGAAAAGCUGUUUGCUCACAGGCAAUGACAUGUCUUCCAGACAUGUAGGCUCUACAUAAAUGAUGUUUCUGCUGACUUUAUGCAAGACAGAUUUGAAAUAUAUGUAUCUUUUCACUUUUUGUAUAAUAAAUGUAUUUAAUAGCUGAUAAACUAUCUGAUAAUAAAUGUAUUUAAUAGCUGAUCAACUAUCUGAUAAUAAAUGUAUUUAACAGCUGAUAAACUAUCUGAUUGUUUAUUGGGAAUAUGAUGUCAGUAUCUACAUCAUUAUCUACAUUUUGUAUAAAAUAAUUCAUUAGCUGGACAUAUUUUGUUUCCACUCCAAACUCCAAAGCCUGCUUUCUAAUAAUGGUUUGGAAUAAAACCCUUCAAGGAUGACAGUAUAUUUCAUCUUAUCCUAUAAGGACAAAGGAACCAUCCUGGGAGUUUUGGGUUGUUUCAUUAUACAGUAGACUCUCAGUUAACUGGCACCCAUAAGGAUCGGUAGAUACCAGAUAAAUGUAGGUUCCAGUUACUUGAGAGUUAGUAUUAAAAAUAGACCUAGCUAACAUGAUACCCCACAAUGUACCAUACACUCGGUAUCAGUUUGAAAUUAAUACUGAAAUACAAUAAUUUACUUUAAGUCAAAUCAGCUAUUAAAACUAUUAUUAAACUAUUAUUUUUUCAA